AUGGAGUAUUAUACCACCUUCGCCAUUUUCCCGAUCGUGUGUCAAACAGAUUUAUGUGCACAACAUUUAUGUAACCAGGCAUUACACAUGGCUCACCAACCUCCAAUGGCAGCCCAUCCAGGAGCUCUGCGCACUUAUCAGAAUUUACGUAAUAACUGGUUCUUCCCGAACAUGCUUCACUUAGCACGAACAUAUGUUGCAGGAUGUGAAAACGUUGUCAACGGCGCAAGUCUCCAGUAUUCUGCACAAGGAUUUCGAUACGUCUUAUCCAUUAUUGACCAUCAUACACGCUAUCUCCAGUUGGUCCCCCUCAGGGAUAAGUCUGGGAGCAGAGUUUUGAAAGCUUUUGUUGACCACUUCAUUACCUUGUUGGUCCUCCAGCCCAACUCCACACAGAUAAUGGCUUGGAGUUUUCUUCUGUUGAGUGGCGUCACUCUUAAAGGAGUUAGAGGUGAACAUUCCUUUUCUGUUGCAUACCACCCACAAUCUAAUGGUGUAGUUGAAAGGAGCAACAGGGUAGUGAAAGACGCUCUUGCAACCCUGGUACAACGGUCUCCUUCACAGUGGCCUACCCACCUGCCAGCUGUACGCUUUGCCCUCAACACUGCCAUCCAUCGGUCUACCAGGGAUCAGCCUUUGUACCUACUGACCGGGAGAAUGGCACUUUUUCGUCGCGGUCUGACAAAUCUGCAGACUGCUGAUGAGGGGUUGAUGAUGAAGGGACUUGCUGAGGCUCGCCGUAUAGCAAUAAAGGCGACCCUAGAAACUCGCGAAGCCAACAAGAGGUAUUAUAAUAGAAAGACGAAACCUCUACAUUUAAGUGAAGGAUCUUUAGUUUUACGCAUGGUAGAAGAGUUGCAGCAACCGCAUCGUACUAUGCGGGUCCAUGCAAAUCAGCUCAGGCCAUUUGUUCCUGCGUCAGAAAUAGACUUUGUAGAGGAGAGUGACCAGUUACCGUAUCCACCUAUGAACUUGAUUUCGACGCUGCACAGAAUCGAGUGA